AUGUCAGAUGAUGAUUUCAUGCAAGAAUCCGACGAGGAGCAGUACGACUUCGAGUACGAAGAUGACGACGAGGAAGAGUCUGGCGACGUGGGUAUCGAGAACAAAUACUACAAUGCAAAGCAAAUGAAGAGCAGCGACCCGGAGGACGCUAUUGUCGAAUUCCUGGGUAUACCGCCACUAGAGAAGGAGAAAGGUGACUGGGGCUUCAAAGGACUGAAGCAGGCCAUCAAGCUCGAGUUCAGACUGGAGAUGUAUGACAAGGCAAUAGAGCACUACACGGAACUUCUGACAUACGUCAAGUCCGCCGUAACCCGAAACUACUCGGAGAAGUCUAUCAACAAUAUGCUCGACUAUGUUGAGAAAGAGUCCGAAACAGAAGGGGCUCGCAAAUGCCUGGAACAGUUCUACUCCCUCACACUGAACUGUUUCCAGAGCACAAACAACGAGCGGUUAUGGCUGAAGACGAACAUCAAGCUUGCCAAGUUACUGCUGGAUCGCAAGGACUACCUCGCAGUUUCUCGAAAGCUGCGGGAUCUGCAGAAGGCCUGCCAACGAGAGGAUGGCUCAGACGAUCCCAGCAAGGGCACUUAUUCGCUCGAGAUCUACGCUUUGGAAAUUCAGAUGUACUCCGAGACUCGCAACAACAAACAGCUGAAGCUGUUGUACCAAAAGGCGCUUAAGGUGCGCUCGGCGGUACCUCAUCCCAAGAUCAUGGGGAUUAUUCGUGAAUGCGGUGGCAAGAUGCACAUGAGCGAAGAGAACUGGAAGGAUGCGCAAAGCGAUUUCUUCGAGUCCUUCCGCAACUACGACGAGGCUGGUUCGCUGCAACGGAUCCAGGUCCUCAAGUACCUGCUGCUCACCACCAUGCUCAUGAAAUCCGACAUCAAUCCCUUCGAUUCCCAAGAGACGAAGCCCUACCGCAACGAUCCGCGCAUCGCAGCCAUGACGGAGCUCGUAGAUGCUUAUCAACGCGAUGAUAUGCACCAGUACACGAAAGUUCUGCAAAGAAACCAGGAUGUUCUUACUGAUCCCUUCAUUGCUGAAAACAUUGACGAGGUUACGCGUAAUAUGCGCACCAAGGCAGUGGUUAAGUUGAUCGCCCCCUACACGCGCAUGAAGCUUGCUUGGAUCGCGCGUCAACUCAAGAUCACCGAAAUUGAAGUACAAGAUAUUCUGGGUUUCUUGAUAGUCGACGGCAAGAUCCAAGGCAAGAUUGACCAACAAGCGGGAACUCUGGAGAUCGAGUCGGAUGCUGACGCUGAGCGCAUCAAGGCUAUCGAUGCCUACGCAAGCGCACUGGCCGGACUCUAUUCUGCCAUCUUCGAAGGUGAUGGCUUCAAGAGCACGGAUACCAACGUACCCGAUGACCCGAUGGUGAUGGGCAUGGGCCCGAUGUCUGGUUUAGAGGCGAGGACAUUGCGCUUCGGUAGCAAAUCAGGCAAAGGAAAGAAGGCAACAUGGCUGUAG